AUGGCGAGCAGGACGGUGGAUGUGACGCUGGUGUCCGCUCGGGACCUGAGGGACGUCAACCUUGUCUCCAAGAUGGAGGUCUACGCGGUUGUCUACCUCGCCGGCGACCCCAUGUCCCGGCAGCGGAUCGCCACCGACCGCACCGGCGGCUGCAACCCCGCCUGGAACGCCACUGUCCGCGUCACCGUCCCGGCCUCUGGCGCCGGGAGCGGCGCCCUGCGCGUUCUCCUCCGCACCGAGCGCCCGCUCGGCGACCGCGACGUCGGCGAGGUGAUCCUCCCGCUUAACGAGAUCCUCGCCGGCGCCGGAGACGAGCCCAUCGAAGCCGAGCUCGGCGCCUACAAGGUAUGCAAGGUAGGCUCCAGCAAGACCCACGGCGUGCUAAACCUCUCCUACAUGCUCGGCGGGGUCAUCCACCCACCCGCCGCCUAUUACCAGCAUCAUGCGGCCGUGGUGAAGACUGGCGAGCCUGCGGCGGGGUACCUGGCAGCGGGGGCGGCGCCGUAUGCGUCUGCUCCGCCGCGUCCGCCGCCGCCGCAGCAGCUCAGCUACUCGUACCCGUACCCGUGCCCACCGCCGACAAUGACACGGCCGUUGCGCAUCAGUAGCCGCUAGAAGUGUAGAGAGAACAAAAAAGGAAUAAAGAGGGCGCCGGCGGCGAACUACUCUACCAUUCGCGAGAUUUUCGCUCCGGAAGUAAGUUCCCAACCAGCGAUUCCUUGCAUCUUAUCCCGACUAUUGAUGGAUUGGUGAGUGCGUCGGCCACUGCUGGUCCGACGUCGGCGAAAUGCUGUGUACGGUACUUGCCAAUAAUCGGAACGAAAUGUAUUUUGUGACCACACACUUACAUUUACGUUAUAACUUGAGGAA